GCUCCUGCAGGCUGAUCUGACCCCACCAAGGCCUUGCCCCCUCCACACUCGACUUAAAAUCUCAACCCUCCUCCAAACUAUUUCAAGCUUUUCUUCCUCUUCCUCUCUUCGUCGGCAUACCUGAUUCAAGCAAUCUCCUGCCACUUCACAUUUUCUAGCGCAAAGUCGCCAGUCAGCACAUCAACCGUCAAAAUGGGCAAGGAGGACAAGACUCACAUCAACGUCGUCGUUAUCGGCCACGUCGAUUCCGGCAAGUCCACCACUACCGGUCACUUGAUCUACAAGUGCGGUGGUAUCGACAAGCGUACCAUCGAGAAGUUCGAGAAGGAAGCCGCUGAGCUCGGCAAGGGUUCCUUCAAGUAUGCCUGGGUUCUUGACAAGCUCAAGGCCGAGCGUGAGCGUGGUAUCACCAUCGAUAUCGCCCUCUGGAAGUUCGAGACUCCCAAGUACUACGUCACCGUCAUCGAUGCCCCCGGCCAUCGUGAUUUCAUCAAGAACAUGAUCACUGGUACCUCCCAGGCUGAUUGCGCUAUCCUCAUCAUUGCCGCUGGUACUGGUGAGUUCGAGGCUGGUAUCUCCAAGGAUGGCCAGACCCGUGAGCACGCUCUGCUCGCCUACACCCUCGGUGUCAAGCAGCUCAUCGUUGCCAUCAACAAGAUGGACACCACCCAGUGGUCCCAGUCUCGUUUCGAGGAGAUCAUCAAGGAGACCAAGAACUUCAUCAAGAAGGUCGGCUACAACCCCGCUUCCGUCGCUUUCGUCCCCAUCUCCGGCUUCAACGGCGACAACAUGCUUGAGCCCUCCGCCAACUGCCCCUGGUACAAGGGUUGGGAGAAGGAGACCAAGGCCGGCAAGUCCACUGGCAAGACCCUCCUCGAGGCCAUCGACGCCAUUGAGCCCCCCAAGCGUCCCACCGACAAGCCCCUCCGUCUUCCCCUCCAGGAUGUCUACAAGAUCGGUGGUAUCGGCACAGUGCCCGUCGGCCGUAUCGAGACUGGUAUCCUCAAGCCCGGUAUGGUCGUUACCUUCGCUCCUUCCAACGUCACCACUGAAGUCAAGUCCGUCGAGAUGCACCACGAGCAGCUUGUUCAGGGUGUCCCCGGUGACAACGUCGGCUUCAACGUGAAGAACGUUUCCGUCAAGGAUAUCCGCCGUGGUAACGUUGCCGGUGACUCCAAGAACGACCCCCCUGUCGGCGCUGCCUCUUUCACCGCCCAGGUCAUCGUCCUUAACCACCCCGGCCAGGUCGGUGCCGGCUACGCCCCCGUCCUCGAUUGCCACACUGCCCACAUUGCCUGCAAGUUCGCCGAGCUCCUCGAGAAGAUCGAUCGCCGUACUGGUAAGGCUGUUGAGGCCUCCCCCAAGUUCAUCAAGUCUGGUGAUGCUGCCAUCGUCAAGAUGAUUCCCUCCAAGCCCAUGUGCGUUGAGGCUUUCACCGACUACCCUCCCCUCGGCCGUUUCGCCGUCCGUGACAUGCGUCAGACCGUCGCCGUCGGUGUCAUCAAGGCCGUCGACAAGACCCAGGCUGCCGCUGGCAAGGUCACCAAGUCCGCUGCCAAGGCUGCCAAGAAGUAAAUUUUUUCUUCCUGAGCAAGCAAAAAAUUUACGAAUCUCCUUGCGUUGCAUGAGCACUCGGUUGUUUUGGGCACAAUGAAGAGAGGGCUGGUCUGGGAUUUUAUGACGGAUGCAAAACCUCAUGUGUGCUGAGGACAAGAUAGAGGCUAGAUAAUGACUACAAAAUGAUGAUUCCCCAUGAACAAGCAA